GUGUUUUGGUUAUAAUGUUGGAGAAGCGCACUAGUUUAGCAGGAAGAUUCAUAUAUCGGACGUUUUCAGUAAGAAUUGCGUUAGAUGCAUUGCAGACGUCUGUAUAACGCCGCAUUUCAACCAGUUCUUCAGUACUUUGGCCGCUCCAGAAUAAAACCAAGUCAUCUGCCGUCUGCAACUGCUGCUUUUUAUCAGACAUCACCCCAGAGAAUGUGUGAACGACUUAAAAUGCCAGGAGACUAUCUUGUGUGGAUGGAUAUGGAGAUGACUGGCUUAGAUCCAAUUAAAGAUCACAUUCUAGAAGUCAGCUGUAUUGUAACAAAUGCUGAUCUGAAUGUUGUGCAAGAAGGACCUAAUUUGAUUAUACACCAACCUGACGAGAUACUGGGCAAUAUGAAUGAGUGGUGCAUUAAAAAUCAUGGAAAGACAGGUCUUACUGAGGCUUCUAGGAAGAGCACUAUUACGAUUCAAGAUGCACAAAACUCAUUGUUGAGCUUUUUGAAGGAAAAUGUGCCCCAAGGGAAAUGCCCAGUUGCAGGCAAUACUAUUUAUAUGGAUCGUUUAUUCCUUCAAUAUCAUAUGCCAGAAGUGAAUAACUAUCUACACUACAGAAAUGUGGAUGUUUCAUCACUUAAAGAGCUAUGCAGACGUUGGUAUCCUAAUGAAUUCAGGGCAAUGCCAAAGAAGCAGUUGAAGCACAGAGCACUGGACGACAUACGAGAAAGCAUUGAAGAGCUGAAGUACUAUAGAGACACUAUUUUUAAAAAAUAAACUUCAUACUACAGAAAUGUUGUAUUAAAAAAAACCGUUCCCUUCCACCUUACAAAGAAUUGCUUUAUCUAUAAAUUGGUUCUAUUAAAAGUAAGUAAUUCAUGUACAUUUUAUAUUCUUUUAAUUAAAAAGUUGUUAUACAAUGGA